GAAAAAUGAAAAUUGAACAAUUUUAAUCAUUUUGCAGAAAAUUGCAAAUAAAUUUGAAUUUUUAAGAUUUUAAAUAAACUACUUGAAACCAUAAGACUUCGGGUGAUCUAAAAUAGCAAAAAUAUUUUUAAAAUUUAAAACAAAUAAGGCUAGAAAUCUUUUUGUUGCCGUUUCUUUUCCUAUUUUUUUCUUGCACAACCAAAAUACAGACUGGCUUUGUGCGAAGUUCCAGAAAUGAGUGUUGGCUUAGUGGAGCAGCCAUCACUGGAAGUUGAAGCUCCACUAGAAACAUUGAAUAUACCUGAGGAACAACCUGCUGAACUUGCUCCAGAUCCUAACACCCCACUUCGGAAGCGUCAGAGACAUAACUUCCAAGAUGUAUACAAUACAAAACCCUCCUUAGCACCUAUACGAGCAAGUGGUCGUAUUCGAAUCAAAAUGACAGCAGCAGCUGAACAGAAGCCACCCGAACCCAGUGUGAAACCUGUGAAGAUCGUUUUUAGCCAAAACAGCAAUAAGCAAAGAAGAAAAGUAAAGAAACUAAAAACUGAUCUCUCCAGUGAGCUUGCAAUUGAUGUGAAACGUCCAAGUAGUGUGCUCGUUGACACUUCAAUUCGUGCACUUCUCACCAAUGUUGCAUUCUCUCAACUUUCACCUGAGAAUCAAAAGAUUCUUAUAGAAAGUCUACCAUUAGUCGAUCGACCGACACCACCAUCGAAAGAAAAUGAAUGUGUCGAGUUGAAUCCUUCGAGUAUAAACAACGAAUUCUUUAAUAGAGCGUGCAUUGAAUGGCGAGAUCGACUAUCAAAUGGCGAAUUUACAAACGAACAUCAAACAAAACUUCGAGCUGAACACGAGAAAGAAAAAUCAAAAAUUGAUCCAUGGAAAGCAAGAAACUUUGAAGGUAUUUGGGGAAUAAAAUCAAAUGGUCACGGUUUGGUAAAUGUCGGUGCGAUGAUGGAGAAAAGUGCGAUGGAAAUGAAAGAAAGAGUUGAACAAGGAGAUUUUGAAAUUCCCGAGGGCUUCAUCAGUGAAGUAUGGAAAGGAGAACAAAAUGAAGAUGAAAUUUCAGAGAUGAAAGAUGAAUCAACUGAUUUGAAAUGGGAGAUUGAGUCUUCACCAUCGCAAUCACAAUCACCAUCUCAAAAUCCUUCAAUUUCUACUUCCCAACCAACUCCACCUGAAGCUGUAAGUUCAACACAACCAGAACCAUCGGAAUCAAUUGAAACUCCGUCCCAUGUAACACAAAUUAUGGUUGUGAACUCUCCCGAGUCACUUUACGACCAACCAGUGAUUGCUGAAGCGACAAGCAAACACGAUUAUUUGAAGAAUGUGAUUGAACCCGAGCCAAGUGGAAUGGAAGAAAUGGACGUGAAUUUUGACAAUGAAAUGGAAUGUGCUUUGGAUAAUGAAACUGAUGAAAGUGCAGCUGAAAACACUGACGAAUCAAUUCGAAAUGAUAAUAUUGAGACACUACCAAGAAUUGUUAAUAAUACUCCAAGAAUCAUCGAAACAAAUUCUCGAAUCAAUUCUUACGAUUCGGAAUUACCACAAGAAAUAUUCCACAAACCUGAAGAUGUUGCUACAACAUUUCAACCAAACAAUAGUUCGAGUGUUCUCAUCAACAACUUUGUUCAUCAUCAAGAGCCUGUUUUAGUGCGGCAAGUCAUCGAACAAGCUCCAACACGCUACAGUCGAGCUUUAGUGAUGCAAGAUGAACAAAAUGAAACUCCAGUUUAUAACAAUGAAGACUACGGUCAUGAGGAUGCUGACAUUGAAGAUACGCGGGCGUAUCGAGAUGAAAUUCAUAUGAACGUACCGAAAAAUGUGAAACUUCUCGCUUUUCCUUCCGGUGUUAAAUAUAAUGAAAAAUACAUUAUUGAAGAGACCCAACCACAACAAAUUCAUGCGACUACAAGUUUCCGUACAAACGGCUCACAACCAAUUCAACAGAUUCCUAACUCCUACUUUGUUCCCGGCACUAACUUUACGUACAUUUCUAAGAUGGGAAAUAAAAUAGAGAAUGCAGAGCCAACAAGAAUCAUUAAACAAGAAGCUAAUAAUAAUCAAGGACAGAUGAAACAGAGAAUUAUUUAUGAGAUUGCGACAGAGCCGAAAUUUGAGCCUCAACCGCAAGCUCAUCAUGUUACAUUUGCUGCACCACCACAACAAGAAAUCUUUCAUCAAAUGGUGAAACAUCCAAAUGGAACGACGACAAUUUACGAGACAACAGCUCCAGCUGCAAAGAAGACAAUUAUCCAAAGGAAGAAAACGGUCGAUCCUUACACCGUUCAAGUUGUUGCAAACAACAACACAAUUAUUCUGACACCAAUUGGAAGUACAACACAGCAGACAGUUCAACAGCCUCAAAAAUCUAUUGUGCAUAUUCAUCGAACCGCGCCGAUGAUACAAACGACACCUCAACCUGUUCAGUUUCUGUCAGCACCGCAGACUUAUCUCAAGAAACAAACAAUCAUUCACCCGCAAAUGACAACUCAAAAGAACCAACAGCAGCUACAACAACCCAAAUUCACGACAGUUAUCCGAACAACUUCGAUGUCUCUUCCACCACAACCACAAGUCGUGACCACGGUGUCGUCAAAGAUUCAACGACCAAUUCAAAAACAAAAAGUCAUCAUGAGUACUAGCAGCUUGCAACAAUAUCGAUACAAUCAAAAGCCUGGACCUUCUGGUCACGGAUCUAGAAAACAAUUACAUCCCCAACAUAUCAUUCGACCAUCGCCAACAGCAACGACAGCGACAGUUAUUCAUCAUCAGAUGACAUCUGAACCAAAUACGAAUCAAAUUCCAGUCAUCUUACCAACAGCAAGAAGCGAUCAUGUCAUCAUGUCAACAGCAAUGUCAAAUCAUUCGAAUCAAAUUCCCGCCGCACAACCAACAGUUGUCACAAUUGGUCCACCGCCAUGCAUUAAUAACAUUUAUGUUCGUCCAAAGCGGCCUCAACAAAUCUUUCAAACAAAUCAUCAACAUUUGAGUAACAUGAUGAGUUCCAAUCCCAGUAACAACAACAACAUCCCCAACAACAAUCUUACCAAUAAUAAUUUAAAUAAUCAACAUCAACAACAAUCAAUGAUUGCUGCACCGCCACGAAUGAGACAUCAACAGAACAAUCAACGACCACCACCUGGAACGGUCAAUCUCGAAAGAAGCUACCAGAUCUGUCAAGCUGUGAUUCAAAAUAGCACAAAUCCAAAUCGUCAUCAACUGAACAACCAGUUGAAGCCACCACCACUGAUGGGACAAAAGAAGUUUUAAAAAACGAUGAAAAAAGCCUUCAAACAUGCAAAUGACGUGAUGUCGCGAAUUCAUACACGUUUUAAAUGUUCAAAAGGUCGAUGGCGCUAACGAUUUUCUCUUUCUUUGUUUCCUUUUCUUUACUUCCCUGUUUCUUUAUUGCAUUUAAUAAUUUGCAUCUUUUACAUGUUAAUUGCAGCCCAAUAAAUGCAGACCCCCAGUGAGAGAGAUCAUAAAAUUAUAAAAAUCUUUGUAAAUUAAUCUUUUUUUAACAACAAAUAUUUAAUAAUAACAAAAUUAGUAAAAAAGAAGAAUAAAGUUAUUUAAAUUCAUAAA